AUGCAGGAGAACAAUCUGACUGUGGUCACAGAGUUUAUCCUUCUAGGAUUUCAAGGCAGUCAAUAUUUAACAACAUUCCUGUUCUGUCUUCUCCUCGUGGUUUACUAUGGAACAAUAUGUGGGAACCUCCUGAUCAUCACAGUGGUGUCCUCCAGCAAGAACCUCCACACUCCAAUGUACUUUUUCAUCUCACAAUUGUCCAUGAGUGACAUCUUAUUAACAACUGAUAUUGUUCCCAACAUGCUUCACAUCCUACUGAAUAAUACGGGGACCGUUACUUUUUCUGGCUGUAUCAUUCAGUUUUAUGUUUUCUGUGGUUCAGAGAUAUUUGAGUGCUUUCUCCUCACAGUGAUGUCCUAUGACAGAUAUGUGGCCAUCUGUAAUCCCCUCCAUUACACUUCUAUUAUGACAACUACAUAUUGUAUGAGAUUGGUUGUCAUCUGCUGGUUGUUAGGAUUUUUCACUGCGUUCAUUGACAUUCUAAUGAUUCUGAGGUUAAAAUUUUGUGGUCCAAAUAUCAUUGAUCAUUUCUUCUGUGACCUUGUCCCAUUGAUAGAAAUGGCCUGUUCUGAUAAGUAUUUCAUUAAACUUCAAAUCUACUUACUAAGUAUACCGACGGUCAUCACACCGCCCAUAAUAAUCAUUAUGUCUUAUGUUAAAAUUAUUUCAGUCAUCUUAAGGAUUCCAUCCAAUACCAGUAGACAGAAAGCCUUCUCCACCUGUAGCUCCCACCUCAUUGUGGUCUCCAUAUUUUACUGGACUUUGUUCACAGUUUAUAUUGUUCCAACAAGAGGACAAACACUGACCAUGAGUAAAAUCCUAUCACUGCUGUAUACUGUGUUUACUCCUUUGAUCAACCCCAUUAUAUACAGUCUGAGGAAUAAAGACAUAAAUAAAGCCGUACAAAAAUGUCUUGAUAAGCUGGAACUUACACUUCACCAGCAGUAUUAG